AUGGCCACCUCGACAAGCUUGAAUAUUGCUAAGCAUCAGACUUUGGCUCAAAAUAAUCCUCGGCGACGACCUAUCCGUAUCGCGGCUGAUGUAUUAGCUGAUUCAGCUACUAACUUGGGUAACUUGCCCGGUCUGAAAGAGUCAGCUCAGGCUGCUGGUGAUAUUUUCAAGGCUCUUAAAGGGCCGGUGCGAAACGAUAUUAUAGCACAAGGUCUCAUCAACUAUCUCGAUGAAAUUUGUUACACAGCUCAAUACGCUGGAGCGGAUAAAGCAUGUCCUGAAUACCUCGAAGACCUUCAGCAAACCAGGGAAGCCGUGGUCGAGUUGAAGAAUAAGACCUAUGGCAUGCAGUUCGCUUGUCAAUAUGAUAUUGAAAAGCAGAUUAGCAAAAUGAAGGAAGAAAUGAUGAUGCGGACACUCUUGUUAAGUGUCGAAGGUGGAGUAAGUGGGUUACGAGCGAACGCCCAGGCAGUAGAGAUAAUCCAACAGCUGAAGCUAGUUGCCGAGGCUCUUGCUGAUGUUCAGGAAGAGCUAGCUUUUACCAAGAGGCAAGUCGCGCAGCAGAGCUAUUUGGUUAACCACAUGGAUUUCUGUCCACUUGCGAUGUUUGGCAACUUGAUUGAUAUAAAAAUUAAAGUUUAUUUUAUUUUAUUUUAA